AUGUUUUUUUAUUUUAUUACUUGUGCUUAGUUGCUACUCCUUAUUUGUUUAGUUGUAGCUAAUUGGAGACUUAUUGAUUAGAGUUUUACAGAGAUGCAAAUGAUAAGCAACAAUUGGAAAAUUAAAGAUGGCUGUUCUGAUUCUGACGAAACUUCAUUUAAUUACUAAACUUGUAGUGAGAAUUCACUAUAGUAUGUAAAGUUAGACGAAGAUAGACGAUAUUUAUACAAAUCAUUUAGUUAUAAGGGCUAUCAAGCUCAAGUAAUUUUUGAUGUCUUUUAUGAUGAAGCUGAUGGUGAUGAAGAUUCAUACUUAAAAGUUAGUUAUGAUAGUAAUAAAGAUUCAGAAAGUGAUUAGCAAUUAUAUAGAAGAGAUUACGAAGAAGAUGAUUUAAUUUAGAACAGUGCUAGAAUAUGUCGUAGUAGUUGGAGGGAUUUUGAAUUCUAUACAAUUGUAAGUACUAUAGCUAAUUCUAAUACUAACAAAUUUACUAUUAAAAUUUGUUUUCGCCCUAAAACCAGUGAUAUGGAAGUAGGAAUUAAAAAUUUGUUAAUUUAUGUUAAUACUUGCCAUCCAACUUGUUUGACUUGUAAUGGUCCUUAAGAGAAUUAAUGUUUAUCCUGUUUUAACAGUUAAAGUGUAUAAGGAGGGAAAUGUAUUUGCAUUCUCGAUUAAUAAUUUUCUGAAACUUAUAUAGGUUGUCGGCAAGAAUGCAGUAGAGAUUUUUCAAUUGCACGCUUUGAUAAAAUAUGUGUUAAUGAUAAUCGAAUACUAUCAAAAUUUACAUUAUUUGAAGAUAACGACAUUCCUCAAUCAAAUCAAAGAUAUCUUCCUCUAUUGUUUGAAUAAGAUGAAUUUAAUCCAAAAAACACUGAUUUAAUUUAUGAAAAUUGUAACGGAAUUAGUUUUAUUGGAAAAUUGUAAUUUAAUGAAGGAAUGCUAUACUAAAUGAAUCUAGAAAAUGCUGUUAAAUUCAUCAGGAUUAGAAUAACAUUUUAUUUGUUUAACUUUUAAGAUACUAGCAACAUUUAAAUCUAAUAUAAUGGUUAAAUAAAAUCUAAAAUUGCAAAAGACUCAUCUGGCUUCUAGGUUGAAAAUUUAGUAAAAAUAUUUGAGAAGAAUCUUAAUUGUGCUGAUAGUUAUACUUUGUUAAGGAUUGAGACGAUAUUUUAAAUCACUAAUCCUAAUCCAUCUCUUUUGAUUAAAGGAUCACUUCAAUAAGAAAGUGAAUCCUGGGGAUUAAGAAACAUUACUGUAGACACAGGAUUUUGUUAAGAAAAGUGUUUAGUAUGUUCUGACUUCUCUACUUGUAUAUAGUGCGAUUUAACAUAUAAAUUAUUUAAAAACAAAUGCGUUCAGUCUUGCCCCAUUCAUUCUUCAAAUUGUAUUGAUUAUGAAGAUAUUAUUCCUUGUAAAUUAUUUAUUGAUUAUUUUUAGAUUCUAGAUAUUUAGCCAAAGGAUUUUACGAUUUAAAUAUGACUAUUGAUGAGAUUUAAUAAUUUUAUGAUUCUACAACAGAUCCAUCAUUUAGUUUAUCUACUAAAUAAAAAUUUUCUUUUUUAAAUAAUAAAUUAGUUUUAGGAGGAAUAUUGGUUUGGAAUGAUGGCUCAUAUAUCAAGACAUGGACAAUCUAAAAACCUCAUUAUGCAGCAUCAAUAUAUUUUAAUUUAACUUAUGGAGAUGGUUACACUGGAUCAUUUUAUUAUAAGAUAGGCUCUUCUUCAAGCAUUGGAUAGUAAGGACCUUUUAAUAACCCUGGGGGAGGAUCAAAUUUAAUUGGUCGUACUGGUCUUGAAAGCACUCGUUACUUUAAUGUAAGUUUAACAAACUUUUUUUCUAACACUCUUUAUGUUGAAUUUAAUUGUGAUGUAACUACUACAAACAUAACAAAGGAAUUUUGUGCAAUAUCUGAUUACUUCAUUGUUAUUCAUUAUGUAUAUUAUUUUUAUGAUUUAGUGUCCUCCUCUUUGUUCUAGCUGUACAAGUUUAACUGCAUGUUUGGAUGUAGGAUAUACUGGCCCAAAUUGUGUUAGUAGUUAAUAUUUAGAUUUUAAUUAAUCGACCGAAACUUAUAGUUGCAAAAAUUGUAAUUAACCUGGAUGUAAUACAUGUACAAGCGCAGAAUAAUGUACUUAAUGUAUAAAUAAUUAAUUUUAUUUGAUUAAUGGAAUUUGUUUGUGCAAUCCAUUUACAUUUUUAUAAGGAAAUAACUGUGUUUCAUGCAAUAAGUAUUGUGAAAACUGUUUUGGUAAUUCUUAAUAUAAUUGUCUUACUUGUGUAAGAGAUUUUCAUAGAGGUAUUUAAAGAAAUUAAUGCUCAUGUUUGCCUGGGUAUUAUGACGACGGUAUAAAUUUACCAUGUCUUCCAAUUUGUGGAGAUUAAAUAAUAGUAGAAGAAGAAGAUUGUGAUGAUGGGAAUAAUAACCCAUUCGAUGGUUGCCAUAAUUGUAAAUUUGCUUGUAAUUUUGCAUGCGAUAUUUGUUUGAAUGGAAAAUGUUAUCAAUGUAAAAGUGGAUAUGAAGUUCAUAAUAAUGAAUGUUGGUCUAUAUGUUAAGGAAAUUCACUUGCAUUACUCCAAUAAUGCUCUGAAUAAUAAAGGAAUUGUAUUAAUUGUUAAUAUCAAUGUUCUCUUAACUGUAUUGAUUGCAAUUUUGGAAGAUGUCUUUAAUGUGAUGAAGAUAAUGGAUGGUACGCUUAAAUUGAUGGAACAUGCGAUUCAGUUUGUGGAGAUGGAAUAGUAGCCAAUUUAACAGAAAUGUGUGAUGAUGGAAAUGCUAACCCAUCAGACGGAUGCAAUUCCUGUUAAUAUUCUUGUGAUAAAUUUUGUAAAACCUGUGUCAAUACUUUAUGCAUAGAUUGUUAAAAUAAUUAUCAAUUAAUAAAGAAUUAAUGUUUUCCAAUAUGUUAGGAUGGAAUAUUAAUGUUUCCAGAAUAAUGUGAUGAUGGAAAUAUUGCACCGUUUGAUGGUUGUUUCAAUUGUAAAUAUUAAUGCUCAAUAUAUUGUAUCGAAUGUCAAUUUGGUAUCUGUUAAUUGUGUAAUGAAUCAAUUGGUUGGUAUUUGUAAUAAGAUGGAUCUUGCAAAAGUAUUUGUGGCGACAAUAUACUAGUUCUUGAAGAAGAAGAAUGUGAUGAUACUACCCCUGAAAGCCAUUGUAAAUAAUGCUAAAUUAGAUGUGAUAUAAAUUGUUUAUAAUGUUAUAAGGGAAUUUGUAUAGCUUGUAUUUAAGGCUAUAAAUGGGACUAAUUGAUAUAGUAAUGCGUUAAAGUUUGUGGAAAUAUUGAAUUAAUGAAUUAAGAAAAAGUUUGCGAAGAUGGAAAUACCCUGUUAGAUGAUGGAUGUUAUUAGUGUUAAUUAAGUUGUUAACAGUAAUGUACUUUAUGCACAAUAAAUGGAUGUUUAGAAUGUAAUACUAUAGGAUGGAAAUUGGAUACAUUAUAUAAUAAAUGUGAAACGAUCUGCGGAGAUGGAAUUACAGUAUAGUAUUAUGAAGAAUGCGAUGACUUAAUACAUUAAAACUGUUUUAAAUGUAAAUACAAUUGUUAAGAUUCUUGUUUAAUUUGUCAUAAUGGUGAUUGUUUAUAAUGCAUAGAAGGAUGGUAAAUUAAUUUGGACAGGAAAUGUUAUUCUUGUAAUGGAGAUUCUAAAGUUGUUGGUGAUGAAUAAUGUGAUGAUAAUAAUUAAAUAAUGUAUGAUGGUUGUUAUCUUUCACAAUAUUAAUGUUAGAAAUCAUGUCUAGAUUGCAAAUUUGGAGUAUGUAAAAUAUGCGAGAAUGGCUAUUAAAAUCUAUAUGGUAAAUGCCUUGAAAUCUUGAAUGAUGGAGAAAUUAAAGGUAAUGAGCAAUGUGAUGAUAUGAAUUUAAUGGCAGAAGAUGGUUGUUUUCAUGGUUUAUUUGAUUGUCCUGAAGAUUGUGAGUAUUGUUUUCAAGGUUAGUGUUUAUAAUGUAAUAAGGAAUCAAACUAAAUUAAUAAUCUUAAUAAUUAAUGCAUAUCAUUAUGUGGAGAUGGAUAUUUAUCUCAUUAAGAACAGUGUGAUGAUGCAAAUAACAUUCCAUAUGAUGGUUGUUAUUUAUGUUAAUUUAGUGUGAUUACUAUUGUCAAAUUUGUGAAAAUGGCGAAUGUUCUCAAUGCUUAAUAGGAUAUUACUUAGAUUAAUCACAAAAUUCUUGUCAUAGUACCUGUGGAGACGGAAUAGUAGCACAUGAUGAAUAAUGUGAUAAUGGCAUUAUAAAUUCUGAUUAACUAUGUGUGGAUUGUAAAUUAUUAUGUUAAGAAUAAUGUACUACAUGUAUUGAUGGAUAAUGUUUCGAAUGUAUUUCAUUUGGAUGGCAAUUAGAUAUAAUUAAUAGGAAUUGUUAACCUAUUUGUGGGGAUUAAUUAGUAUUAGGAAAUGAAUAAUGUGAUGAUGGAAAUAAUGAAGAUGAUGAUGGAUGUUUUGACUGCUAUUUUUAAUGUUAAAAAUAAUGCACAUUAUGUGACAAAGGUGAAUGCAGAGAGUGUAAUGUUGAUGGAUGGUAACUUAAUCUUAAUAGAUGCAAUACUAUCUGCGGAGAUUAAUUAAUAAUAGGAAUGGAAGAAUGUGAUGAUGGUAAUAUUAUUCCCCAUGAUGGAUGCUAUGAGUGUAAAUUUUAAUGUUAAGAAUAAUGUACUGAUUGUGUAACGGGAAUUUGUAAAGCUUGUCUUAAACCAGGAUGGAUUCUCAAUUAAAAUAAUCUUUGUACUGCUUAUUGUGGAGACGGCAUUGUAGUGGAUCCAUAUGAAUAGUGUGAUGAUGGUAAUGAUUUACUAUAUGAUGGCUGUUAUUAAUGCCUUUUUUAAUGUGAAGAACUCUGUACAUUAUGCGAAUUAGGAAUAUGCUAUGAAUGUAAUUAAUUGGGAUGGAUUAUCGAUAAUCAUUAAUGCAUUACUUAUUGUGGUGAUGGCCUUGUAUUUGGAAAUGAAUAAUGUGAUGACAUGAAUUAAAUUAAAAAUGAUGGUUGUUUUGAAUGUAAAUUCAUGUGUGAUGAAUAUUGUAUUGAUUGUUAGGAAGGAAUUUGCAAAGAGUGUCUUGAAGGAAUGCAUUUAUUCGAUAAAAUCUGCUAACCUAAAUGUGGAGAUGGAUUUUAUCUUCAAUUAUUUGAAUCAUGUGAUGAUGGAAAUAAAGAAAACGGUGAUGGUUGCAAUUCUUAAUGCAAAAUUGAAAAGGAUUGGAUAUGUAAUUCUAAUGUAAAUUCAUUCUCUAUAUGCUUUUUUGAAAAAUAACCUGAAUUUUCAAUAAUUGUGCUUACACCUCAUUUUUAUGACUCUUGUGAUAUCAAAGUUUCAUUUAAUUAAAAAGUCAAGUACUCUUCACAUGUUAAUCAGAAUUUUAGUGAUCAUAUUCAAACUAGAAUUUUAAAUCUUGAAAAUGACAAGUAUAAUAUUCAAAUGACAUUAUAAACUGAAAUCUCUCAUGAUUAAGUAGCUGAUUUAAUUCUUCAAUUUAGAGUUACAUUUUUAUCUCCUGUAGAAUUACCUAUGUUUUAAAUUGAAUUUUAUAAUGAUCCAAUCAUCUCUGAAUUUAAUUAAACUCUUGCUAAAAGCCAAUGUAAUAUUAAGCUCUAAACUCCAAUUGUCCUUACAUCUGAAUAAGUGCUCAUAGCCUAAUAGGCUUCAAGUUUUAAUGAAGCAAUUAUAAUAUCUCUUGCAAGCUUAUCAUCAAUUUGCCUAUUGACAGGCUAAUCUGAAAUAUUUUGGAAUCUCAUGGAUUAAUUAUAAUAUUUAUCAUAUGUCAAAUACAUAAAUAUUGGAUUUUCACCUAAUUUAGAUAUCUUUUUUGAUGUUUUUUAACUGAUAACAGUCUCUCCUUUGAUGUCAGCUUUAGGAUUCUAAAAAUUGGUUGAUUCUUUAGAUGGCAAUCGCAAUUAUGUGAUUGAAACAAGUAAUAAAUUUUAAAAGGAUGACAUCAAUGCAUAUUUCCUUAAUAAUUUCCAGAGCUUUUUUUUUUGUAUAAUUACUACAUAUUUAAGUUAUUUUGCUGCAAGGAUCACAUUUGGCUUACUCAAUCAAAUAUUAUUUAAAGAAAUAUUUAGCCUAAGAUUUUCAAUUGUCAAAUUUUUGGUAAGUACGCGUAAAUAAUUGUAACUAAAAAUAUCUGAAUUUUAUUUCAAUUCCAUUUUAAGAUUGUUGCUAUCAAACUAUUAUGAUAUUAGUUUUGCAUGUGCCAUUCAAAUGGCAUAUUAUCCUGUUGAAAAAAAUAAUAUUUUACUUAUAAAUUAUUACUUGUCAUGUCUAUUUUACGCAGGAAUAAUUGGAUCUAUCUUGUUUUUCAUUAACAUUUCAAAUUCUUUCUCCAAAUAAAAUUCCUUUCGAAAUAGAUCAAAGUAUUAAGCUAUGUUUGAUGGGAUAAAUGAAAAUUACAAUAUAUGGACUUUCCAAUAUAAUUCAAUUUAAUUGAUAAAGAAACUUAUUUUUAUUUCUUUAAUUGUUUUUUUGUAAGACAAUGGAUUAAUUCAAGCAAUUGGAAUAUCAUUUUUUUAAUCCUUAUUUUUGAUUCACACUAUUCUCAAUAAACCACUCAGUAAUUAAUUUGAGUAUAUAAAAAUUGUAAUCACUGAAACAUUAAUAAUUUUUAAUUCAAUCUCAUUUUUACUAUAUCUUUACUAAAUAGAAUUGACCUUGAAAUCAGAGAGUAUAAUCAAAUUAGGUUGGUUGAACAUAUUUACUUUUUCUUUGAUUUUAGCAGCUACUUUUAUUCUUGACCUAAUACAGUAAAUAAGAAAACUAAUUAAAUUAAUUGGAAUUGGUGCCAAGAAGCCAGAAAAAGAAAUAGAGCCGAUAUUUUAUUGA